AUGCCUGUCCUGCCACCGCUUGAUCCCCCUCCUAGCACUCCCGCCAGCCAACGCCGUUACGUCGGCAUCCGACAUCCUGCCUAUCUCCAGAGCGAGCAGCCGCUACUGCGCUUCGGUGCUAUCGACGGCGACAAUAGAGAUGGGGUUGACUUCGACAUUGCCCUGGUCGCUAGCGCGAUCGAGGUGGCCCAUUCCGUACCCAUGGCAGAUGAAAAGUGGUUCUUGUCGAAUACCAUGGAUAGAUACGGCGCUUCCGGCUCCGAUCCUCAGCCAAUCGACGAUCCAAGCAACCUAAUUACACUCCGCCGUGACCUCCGCCAUCUCUUCGAAACCCGUCGCUUCACGCUUGUCCCAAAACGAGAUAUACCCGACAAGGCUCGGCGCCUCGCACUCUACGUCUUUUCUCCAGACGACAAUAACGAGGUCGUCCCUCUCUACCAUAACCGUUCUCCCGCGCCCCUCUCAGGCAUUGCUAUUGAGCAUGUCUUUGCACGGUUCGCUUGGACGAUCUUCUCCGGCCAGACCGUACGCUUCUUCAAGGGCAUGGCUGAGUAUGCGGUUCUCUUGUUUGAUCCAAAGACAGACGAGAUUAAAGAAGCCAAGUUGAGGGCGCUUGACGUGCGGACCCAGAUUAAGAUUUUUGAUGCGUUCCCGAAGAGUUGCAGCGCGAGUCCAAGAAAGAGGCAGCGGGGUCAUCUGCGCAAGACGAAGACGAUGAAUUCUCGGUAG